CACAGCUAUUUUGUUACAAGCGCCCGUGUAUAUAUAUGCUUCACUAAUUGGCUUUGGUUUUCUGAUUGCUUGCGGCCUUCCCCCACUGCAACUCUUGAAGCAUGGCAUCUUUUUUAGACACUACGCUUCAAACUAUCACAUCCGUUCAAAAUCAGAUCAACAGUGCGAAAUGUCGGCUAUCGCAGUCCAUUCUGGAUGCGAAACAAGAGCUAACUACUCUAUACAGCGAGAAGCGAGCCUUAGAAGAGGAAGCGCGACGUGCUCUCGGAGAGGUUGCACCAAUUCGUCGUGUACCUGCUGAGCUCCUGAGAGCGGUCUUCUUAGACAUAUUUGAGGAAGAUGCCACAGGGAAAGCCGGUUGGAUCUUUGCUGCGGUUUGUCGACGCUGGCGAAUAGUUUCUCUCGAAACUCCAAUGCUCUGGACUCGCAUCCGGCUUGUAACUAAACUCGAUGAUAGCGCGGAUGUUAUCCGGCUCUGGAUGGAAAGAGCAGGCCAUAGUAUGCCUCUUGAUAUCGAAAUAUACCUCCGUGUUCCUCAGAUAAAGGCUGCUAUUCCUGCGGAGUGUGGAUCCUCCGUUCUUCCACCCAUCGCCGCUAAUCGACGACCUCGAAGAAGGACAGGCGCCCUUAUGGAUGAUGGAGGCUAUUCUCCGCCCGUUGGCAAUGGCUCCGAGAGUUGGGGUCAUGUUGCCGUGUUUUAUCUGAAGCAACAGAUGCCUCGUUGGAAGCGAUUCGUCUUUCGAUACGACAGAGUCUUUAGCUCCCUUGCGGCUUUCAAAGGGAUCUCAGGGAAUGCACCCAAACUACAAGAGUUCGAAAUUUCUUCCAUCGAACCGUCCAUGAUCAAUUUCACCGACUGGACGUGGAUGCCAAAUAUCACGAACAUAACUUUGCCUGCUCUUCAACGAGUUUCAACCACAAAUAUACCUCUGCUACUGAACUCUUCUCUGCUUUCACAACCUCUGCACACUAUCUACAUAUCAGCUCUUUCUACCUCACCUAUCCAGGUUGGUUCUUUAAUGCAAAUGCUUGCCAAACAUGCAUCAACCCUGUGUGUUCUUUCUCUCAAUCUACCGAGCAUGACGCCUCCCGUUGUACCUGCUACCACGCUGCCUUUCACUAGCAAUACUCCGUUAUGCUUUCCACUCCUUGAAGAACUGUCGCUCGGCGGCCACAAUUUAAUGAGCCAGCUCGCAGGCGCUAUCACCACUCCUUCUUUAGAGGAACUCAAUGUCGACAUCGAUCUUGGCCGUGGCGGUAUCUCACAUACCAUGGCCCCAAAUGGUGCUGCCAAUGGAGUUCAACAUUUUUCCUAUAUUGAGGAAGUAGUCCAUGCUUUGCUUCACAGAGGUUCACCUGCGCCUGCUGACAAGUUGAAAGCACUCAGUAUUGCAUUUGGCUUCGGGAACGGUAGGCGGGCUACGAAGGAAAGGGAUUCUGACCCUUACCUUCAAGCUCUCAAGUUUGCUCAGGCUUGCCCCUGCGCGGGCACGACAUUUUUGCCGCCCGGUCACUAUGCCACUCCUACUCCUAGUGUCGUCCACAUCUCUUGGCAGUUUCUAGCUAGCCUUCCUGCUCUUCAGAGUCUUAAAGUUGGCUUGGGGGGUCAUGCGGGUCCUGUUUGGCCCUCGAACGUGAACACGAGUGUCAACAAUAUUCCUUAUACUGGUGGAAGCGUUGACAUCGAACACUUCCUUAGUUCACUUUGUGUCCCAGAUGAAGACUAUAUGACCGGUUCCGCUACCCUUGGGAUCCAUGGACCUAUCCCUGGACCUCCGGCAGGCAACAAUGUUGUCACAUUUACCGUCGGGUUUAACCAUCAACCUACCCUCAACAAUCAUAACAAUGCUGCUGCUUUGAACGCAAUUUUCGCAGGGGGAAUCCCGCCGCCGCCGCCAAUACAUAUUAAUCAACAGUUCAACCCCGGAAAUCUUGGGCUCCCACCACUCCCACCACCCCCUGGAGGCCCGGCGUAUAUUCCUCCGCACCAUAUGAUCAUUCCUAUGGGGGGAGGUCCAGGUCCAAAUCCAGCUCAAAUACCGACUAAUGGAUGGCUACUCCCCAACCUCACCGAGCUUGGCGUCAAAGCCGGGUCCACAAUAUUUUCCCCUGCAACUACUGGCGGUAUAAAUGCCUUGUUUUCUUCCUCCUCCUCUGCGCACUCGUACGGCGUAAUGUAUCCACCUAUCAUGCCAUCCUAUAACUCUUGGAGUUCGCUGGAUGACUCGUCUAAUAUCCCUGGAGCUGGUUACGUUCGGCGUUUACUCGAACUCAUCGAGGGACGUAAUCCCAAGACUGGUCAAGGUCAGAAUAUUGAUGGUGUGGUUCCCGAGAGAUUGAAAAGCCUUGAGAUCGUUCUGAAUGUUGCCGGAAUUCCUGCGCGAGGAGUCGGACAUGCGAAUGGUUUAUUCACGAAGAAUGGGAAUAAGGGGGUUCCUAAAAAGAAGGCCGCCAAAGAUAAAGAAUCAGAGAUGCCUUCAACAGCGGCGUUGGAAAAUUCUGAAGGUAGUGUGCAAGAGAUUGUUGCUGCUAUAUCUGCGUCGGCGUCUGGGUUGUCAAAUGUACCUGCCAAAGAGAAGGUCCUGAAGAGUCGGAAUACAAAUGCAGCGACUGCGCGUACGCUUAUUGGUUCUGAUUCUGCUACUUGGAUCGAGGAACGUAUUGAAGAGGUUAGUGUGAGGUGCGAAUGUAUGUUGGGAGAGAGUGGCGGUAUGGGCAUGCCAAGGAUGUGGUGAAAUGUGCGUACUAUAGUUGACGAACUUUUUCGGAACAUGGAUUCGGGGAUUGCUGUUCAGGAGGGUUAUUGUAUGUAUAUUCAUCGAUCUGUAUUCUAUUCCUGGUUCUGCUUGUCUUUUCCUUGUUCGAUAAUUACCCCUUACACUAUUUGUAUAUUGGAACCCAGCGCCCGCGGUUUUAGACGCAAUUAUCAACAAGUUUACGUAUGUCCAGUGUACUAUGUAUGCCUUGGGAAAGAUCCCUGACUUCACGAAGGGUACACUGACUUUGUUUGGAUAAGGUACUAAGCCUCGGCCUGAUAUUGCUCAACAGUCCGCUC